AUGGACAUGGCCGCGAGCUGUGUAGGACGAAUACGCAAAGCAGGCGCACUAUAUUCUCGCUUUCGGCCACAGCUAAGAGAACCGCCACUACAGCCACAGAAGCAUCCAGCAGGUGACAUACCUGGCUCGAGGACAUGGCGAGCCCCUUCGUCAGCAGCGGAUUAUGUCAAUACGUUGGACCCAUUGCCCGGCGAUCAGGUUGUGAGCAAGAACGUGACCGUCGACGCUCAUGAUCUCUUCUCCCAACUGACCACACUGGUCUAUUUGGGCAAGCGUGAGACCAGUCGUGGUUUACUCUUUAGCAUACAAGAAGUCAGCGAGGGGACCAUACGAGUAUGGCGGGAAUGGUUGAGCAAGCGAUGCGAGAGUAAGAAGUGGACCGAUGGCGAGAAGGUCGCCGUACACCGUGACCCGCCCGUCAAUCCGACGUCGAGUAGAGGCAAGUCUAGAUCCGACAGUGUCACCGGCUACGAAGAUCCGACCAAGGAUCCAAGCAUCUUGUGGAUCAACACCCGUGACGAUAAUGUUGGAGUCAAGUUCCGCGUAAAGGAGCGGAAUAUGCGACGUGCCAAUCCCAUUUUGUUCUCAGACGAUACGGAAGUGGCUGUGAGCUACGAAGUGGAAUUUGAAGAAGUCCUUGUCCGCACGACGCAUCUACUGCUUAAAUUAGAGGGGGCCCAACAGCAGAUUGACAACCAUAAUGGUAAAGCUAUUGUCUUUGGGUCGUAUGCUGGCUUGCAGGAGUUUGAUACAGCUGGUCAUCCUCGACGCUGA